AUGGCUCAUAGAUACUCAAGAUCUGAGAAAGGAAAAUGGACGGCAGAUUCAUCCAGAGCUGACCGCCGCCGGCCGAUACGCAUCCCGCACAACGAUAACUCAGCGCUCAUUGAAGAAAAUAAACUCACACUCAUAGGGCGAGUGACAAACCCGGCCAUCCAGAAGACUCAAUGGGUUGUAGACUGGCUUCUACAGUACUGGAAGGUUGAAGGGGAGCUUACUGGAAGAGAAUUAGGUCCAGAACUCUUCCAAAUCCGCUUCACCUCCGAGGAAGCUCUCCAAAUAGUACUUAGGAAGGGACCUUACCACUGCAAAAGAUGGAUGAUCCUCCUACAAUGGUGGGAACCGGUGGUUUCAAACUCCUUCCCCAGAAUGAUUGCCUUCUGGAUAAGAAUCCACGACCUGCCGCUUCACUUCUGGACACUUGAAGCUCUAACAACUAUAGGAGAGGAACUAGGACCGAUCCUAGACAAAGACGUGGACCACGCGAGAAUUAAAGUCCUCAUUGAUGGACUAAAGAAGCUGGAAAUGUGCCUUCCCCUUGAACUCCUAUCAGGAGAUGAGAUUUAUGUUACUCUAGAAUAUGAAAAACUAGAGAAACAUUGCUUCAUCUGCUACUCUCUCUAUCAUGAGAAGGAAUCUUGCCCUCUUAAUAGGGAUAAAACUACCAAGCUGGAUGUCUCACAAGGUAUAAGCCAGCAAAACACUCUUAGAAAGCUUGAAGACCAUCGACGGAGACAUGACAGAAGAUCCAUCUCUCUGAGCUCAAGAGAUAGAGGACUGGAAUACAGAGAACAUAUAAUCAACUUUUGA